CCACCAUCUUUGAUGAAACUCACACUCGAUUACUCGGUGCUCUUUUGAGCGUCCUGGAUGAACCAAGAGCUGUGUUGUUUUUCCUAACUGGCUGUCUGGCACAGGAGAAAUGGUAGCUAGCUAGCAUUCUGUGAAAAAUUGUCUAACGUACGACUGUGAUCAUCUGAUCGAAAUAAUGAAUCUACUACCAUCAAACGCACAUGGGAACGGACUACUGUACGCGGGAUUCAACCAGGAUCACGGAUGCUUUGCUUGCGGAAUGGAGAAUGGGUUUAGAGUGUACAACACAGAUCCACUCAAAGAGAAAGAAAAACAAGGGACACAGCAUUGUGACAGCGAGAGCCAAGAGUUCAUGGAGGGCGGGGUCGGGCAUGUGGAGAUGCUGUUCAGGUGUAACUACCUAGCGCUGGUUGGAGGAGGGAAAAAGCCAAAAUACCCACCUAACAAAGUGAUGAUCUGGGAUGACCUGAAGAAAAAGACGGUUAUAGAAAUUGAGUUCUCCACUGAAGUCAAAGCAGUGAAGCUUCGAAGGGACAGGAUCGUGGUGGUCCUGGACUCUAUGAUCAAAGUGUUCACGUUCACCCACAACCCUCAUCAGCUGCAUGUGUUUGAGACCUGCUAUAACCCCAAAGGUCUGUGUGUGCUCUGUCCCAAUAGUAACAACUCUCUGCUGGCGUUCCCGGGGACCCACUCUGGGCACGUGCAGAUCGUAGACCUUGCCAACACAGAGAAGCCUCCAGUGGACAUCCCCGCCCACGAGGGGGCGCUGUGCUGCAUCGCCCUCAACCUGCAGGGAACCAGGAUAGCCACUGCCUCCGAGAAAGGGACCCUGAUCAGAAUAUUUGACACCAUGGCAGGCCACCUGAUUCAGGAGUUGAGGCGAGGGUCACAGGCUGCUAACAUCUACUGCAUCAAUUUCAACCAGGAUGCGUCCCUCAUCUGUGUGUCUAGUGACCACGGUACAGUCCACAUAUUCGCUGCAGAGGACCCCAAGAGAAACAAACAGUCCAGCUUAGCCUCGGCCAGUUUCCUUCCUAAGUACUUCAGCUCCAAGUGGAGCUUCUCCAAGUUCCAGGUUCCAUCAAACUCGCCGUGUGUGUGUGCCUUCGGAACAGAACCCAACUCUGUCAUAGCCAUUUGUGCUGAUGGCAGCUACUACAAGUUCCUGUUCAAUCAGAAGGGGGAGUGUUCCCGAGACGUCUACGCACAGUUCCUGGAGAUGACAGACGAGAAGAUCUGACCUUUCACCCUACCACCUCCUGCAAACGGACAGACGUGUACAUGGCGGAUGGGUUUAUUUUCUGGAGCAGGAGGACGAGGGGGAUGGACAGAAGGAGGAGGAGAUGAUGUCUCUGCUCACCCAGUGCUGAUGGACUCUACAUGGAGGAGCGUCAGAGGGAAGGUGAGAGAGACACCAUCUCGGAAACAACAGAGGAAUGAAAGAUGGACCGAGAGAAAUCAGGACUGAGUGCCCUCUGACAACCUACUUAAAGACUCCCUGUACAACUACAGAAAGACAGGGGGACGAGAACACUCUAACGGAUGUCACCUGGGCCUCCUUGUCCUGCUAGUCCGAGGACGAAAGAGGGAGACUUUCUUUUUAAAGAUGUCUUCCGUGAAAUGUACGAUCAGGCGGUUAUUUUUUAAAGGUGUAUAGCGUUGAUUCUAAUAGGUAGAUGCAUAGAAAACAGAUCUUGUCAACUAACACCACCUAAUCUAACUAUAGGGAGUGCCUCUGAGCUGAAUCGAGAGUGGAGUGUGUGUAUAUACUCACAUAUAUACAGAGUGCAUUCAGAAAGUUUUCAGACCCCUUCACUUUUUCUAUAUUUUGUUACGUUACAGCCUUAU